CUGUGAUAGACUGACAUGCAUUCUUGCAUCACAACUCGUUCUCAUGUUGUGUUUUUGUGUGUGUUUGUGUUUCAGACUCUGUCAGGUCUGUGGUACCACAACCGUACGGUUCACCCGGAGAUCUCCACCAGCCAGAGCAACAGAUCCCUCAAAGCCCUGCUGCAGUGUGAGCGCUGUGACAAGAGCUUCACGAGCCACAACAGCCUGAUAAAACACCAGAUAACCAACCACACAGAUGUGCACGUGUGGAAGUGUGUGAGCUGUGACUGUUCUCUGUCCAGUGAGCAGGAGCUCCAGCAUCAUGUUUGCAGUGUUCAGACUCCCGCGCUGUUCAGCUGUAUGGUCUGUUCACUUCACUUCCCCUCUGAGCCUGACUUCCAGCAGCACUUCCUGUCCAAACACCUCCAGCUCGUGCAGGAUGAAGCGCAGACACAGAGCUCCGCUUCACAGACGGUGGUUCAGUGUGAAGCUGCAGCAGAUCCGGCAGUGGAGCAGGUGAUAAACCUCCAUCAGUCCCAGAGCGAGUCCUCACAGCAGGUGUUUGUGGCUCUGGCUGAUCAACAGGAGACUCCGGCCGGAUCAGGAAUGGUGGCGGUGAGCAUGGAGGAUCUGCUGAACGGUACCGUGACACUGAUCUGUGAACAGAGCCAAUGAAAACACUCCUCCUCUAACACUGCAGUACAGCUCACACCAAUCAUUAUUCAUUCAUAUGAGUUUAAAUAAACAAAAAGGGUCAUAAUUGUGUUUCUCUUGUGGAGAAUCAAGCAGUCAAAACUCAUGUUCCAAAAUACCAUACGAUGAUGUCUGCGUCGUCACACUGGAAAAAAAAAAAAGGAUUUCGCUGCUUGUUUGAACUACUUGUUGCAUUAAAACAACACAAAUUUGGAAGGUUUUUUGGGGACAACAUAAUUGUUUUAUGUUUAAUCCAUUUAUUUGUUUUCUUUUGUGUUGGGACUUAAUAAAUUAUGUGCAUUUUUUACAUUUUUAAUACAUUUUUGGGGCAUUUACAAAUGUAUUAAAAUGUUCUGACUAGCACAAACAGACAUAUUAAAAACUGUGCGUACCCGAUAGUAGGUCUGUGACGUCACUUACUUUCGCAUGCUUUACAUUUUAAAGGUCUGUACUGGCCCAAUACCCCCAUAAAUGGUUCUGUUCUUUCAUCAGUUGGAAUAGAAUAACUCUUGCAUAGAUUAUGAUCGAGACAUUUUUCUUUUUUUUUCCUAUCAUUACUGACAUGUGCAGGAACCAACAAAAUUGAUUACAGCAACCUAGACCACACAGAACCUCAAAUAUACACUUUCAAAUUUGAGUUUACAAAAAAAAACACCUCUUUUUUUGGAGGAAUUUACUAUAUCAUAGACAACAUAUACAGAUAUUUUAAUCACUUUUAACAGUGUUUUAUGAAAAUUCAAAGGGUUUUCCUUAAAAUGAUCCCAAACUUUUUGCAUUUACACCUCUGCAUGUGGAUUUGGGAAGCUUUUGAAUUUAAGUUGGCAAAAUCCAGGCGGAAAGCCCAAAGUAGCACUUGACUAUUAAACAUUGACCACCUCAGAUGAUUUUGUGUUUGUUUUAUGCAUUAAAAAAUGAUCCAUGAA